CCAGCACCCCGGCCAUGUGCUGAUGGGUACCAUGGAUUUUAAGACAGACCCCAGCGCUGUAACCAUCAAUUUGCUGCUUAUUGUCCACCCCGAGGAGGCAGCGAGCAAACCAAAUGGGCAGAGGCAGGUGGAAGGUGGCCGGAGCACAGGUGUGCAGGAUGAUGGGAAUGGGAACAGCGGAUCACAGCCACAUCAGGGGGGAGACGUUAAUGGACAGCGAGUCCCCAGGGAGCCCUGCAAGCAGACACAAGCUGUUACUUCAUACACUAAUGAAGGAACCCAAGUGACAGUGGAGAUUCACCCCAAGGACACCACUCCACAACUCUUCAAGAAACUCUCCUUUGGCAAAGGUCCCUGGAGGCUGCCCAGCCUUAGAGAUCAGGACAACAAAGGUUUCCAGAGGACCAAAGCCCCGCGGCCACCAGGAGGAGAAGAUCUGCAUGCUUAUCCAUGGGACAGAUCCUCCUUGAAAUCCAUGCCGGUAGAUCUGCAGCAGUUUGAGAAGCUGGAUGCCUAUGCAUUAAAAGUAAAUGUCACAAACAGCGUAGAAGAACUUGUUAAAGCCCUGCUGAAACAAGCCCGGACUGACCUGGAGAAAGUCCGAGCCAUAUGGAUGUGGAUUUGCCACCACAUAGAAUACGACAUCGUGGGCUACCAUAACAAAAGCCAGCUGUCAACUAGACCCAUGGACGUGCUGCAGAAGGGGAAGAGCAUUUGUGAGGGAUACGCUGAGCUCUUUGAACAAAUGUGCAGUAUUGCAGGAAUCCAGUGCAUGAAGCUUUCGGGACACUGUAAGGGGUACGGGUACAAGAUAGGGCAGACCUUUACAGGGGACUCUGACCAUACCUGGAACGCUGUCUACCUCGAUGGAAGGUGGCAUUUACUCGACAGCACCUGGGGAAGUGGUACUGUUGAUGAUUCUUUCACCAAGUUCACCUUCAGGUACAAUGAGUUUUAUUUCCUGACUCAUCCAGCUCUGUUCAUUAACAAUCACUUCCCGGAUAACAGUAACUGGCAGCUCCUUAAACCAACCCUGAUGCUGAAAGAUUUUGAGAACAACAUGCUGUACAAGAGUAAAUUUUAUAUGUUGGGCCUGCUGGCUUCACACCCGGAGACAAGCAUCAUCUCAACAGUUAAUGGCAAAGCUUCUGUAUCAGUGGACUGCCGCUCCGCCACGCUAUUUACGUUUGAGCUGAAGGGAAAAGAUGAGCACGGUUUAAUGACUUUGAGAAAACACGGCAUGAAGCUGGAUGUCUACCCGCAGAAGACAGGGAGUCACAAGCUGCAGAUCUUUGCCAGGCCCAUCAAAAGCUCGGAAGACCUCUACGAGUGCGUGUUGGAAUAUGUGGUGGAGUGCAAAUCUGUGGACAAGGCCAUGCGCUUCCCGAAGGAUCUCAACCAACCGGUGGGACCCAGCUGGUUCACGGAGCGCCAGGGAUUCCUGAGGCCGUCACACCCCGACCCCAUCAUUCACACCAAUGAUGGGCGCUGCUCUGUCACCUUCACCCUGGGCAAGGACAUAAGUGUCUUGGCCUCACUGUACUGCGACGGCAGCAGCCUGGCAGAGGACAAGGGAAGGAGGCACGUCAUGCAGAUCCGCCGGGGGAACCAACUGGAGCUGAAGAUCCACCUCCCCCACGCCGGCAACUUUGUUCUCAAAAUCUUCACAAGGAAGAAGUCGGAUCCUGGCAACUACAGCUACAUCUUCAACUACCUCAUCACCUGCCUGAACACUGAAGUGAAGUGGCCACCUUUCCCUCAGAGUUACAGCAAGUGGGUGGAUGAGUACGAAAUCCUGGAGCCAGUCUCCGGCUUGCUGCCAGCCAACCGCAAUGUCCACUUCAAACUCAAAAUGCACGGGAUAGCCAAGGUGCUGGUUCAAGCCGAGGACACUCACGCUCUCACCCAGAACAGGGACUACUGGGAAGGAACCUGCAACACUUCGGGGUGUAGAGAGGUGUUUGUGAUGGUGCACGAGAAUGCUAACCACAGCUUCUACUCACAAGUCCUGAAAUACGAAGUUGAGAGCCAGUAACACCCCCUCUCCUUGUUCUCUCACUCACCUGCACAAACCAACAUUGCCAAAAUACCCCAAGCCAACACUGCUUUAGCAGAUCAGUCACUCUCAAUCAAAUCUGUUCUUCUAAGCAAAUGCAGGCUUUUGCAAGACCACGGUUUCAAAGAAGUUAAAAGAAGCAGAAAACCCUGUUAUGAAGGGAGCAGCAAUGGAAGAAACAAAAUAAAACCCUCACCUGUGUUUCAGCCUUACUUGUGCAGACACAUUUAGAAGAAAAGAACUGUCUGGCCACAGGUCAUUCAAUAUCAGCAGCAACUGCUGGUUCCCAAGUUAUGGACCAUGAGAGAAGUCCUACAAUGGAUAGUCCUAGAAGAAUCCACCUAGCUACAGGAUGCAGAGCACACACCCUGGUUUUAAGCAGCAACACUGGACACAAGGAACUUCAGGAUAUUUCAACCCAACUUCCUAAGCUGAGUUGCAAAACACAUCCCAGGAGAGAGAAGUGUGAGGGAAAAGAUCCAAAGUGAAGUCUUCGUGUGCACUUCAUUGUCUUACAAAGCUCCGGUGAUACUGAGAAAUCUUUUUUUACACUGACUCUUAAAUACAAUAAACCAAAUAAUUUUUACCUUUUUAUAUUAGAGUAUUUGAACUGCAAACACUUUUUGUGCUGUAAUCAUAUCCCAAGCACAAAGGUGUUCCCAUAACAAAAAAAAAAAAAAAAAUAGUUCAGUAAGAUGGAGAAUAAAGUUCUCAAAAAAUCACUCCUUACCCCAACUUGUCUAUGCCACACUGCAGCUAAAGAACUUCAGAGGUUCUGUGGAACAGCAAGCUCUGGGACAUUAUAAUCUUGUAAAAAUCUACUCGGUGCUGUACUCUUGGAAAACCCUGACACAGUCAAGGCAGGGGUGAUCUUCCAGCAAACCUCAUACAAACAAAUACACACCAUAACAUGAAGCAACAUUUUCAUAAAAGAUUCGGAUGUCCAUAAGUGUUAGCGUGACCUUAGAAAUACUAUGUUUGAGCUUGAAUUGAAAAUAAAUCUGUUCUGGUUUUGCAUUCUAA